AUGGGGGAAAAUGGAAGGCUCAUUAAUUUUUUAUACCCACAGGUGGAAGACAUGCAGUGGGCUAAUAGAGAACAUACUCACCCAGCGUCUGUCUGCAGCCUGCCUUGUAAGCCUGGAGAGAGGAAGAAAACCGUGAAAGGGGUCCCUUGCUGUUGGCACUGUGAGCGCUGUGAAGGGUACAACUACCAGGUGGAUGAGCUCUCCUGUGAACUAUGCCCGUUGGAUCAGAGACCAAACAUUAACCGCACGGGCUGCCAGCAUAUCCCCAUCAUCAAAUUGGAGUGGCAUUCUCCCUGGGCUGUGGUGCCUGUGUUUAUUGCAAUAUUGGGGAUCAUUGCCACCACGUUUGUGAUUGUGACCUUUGUCCGCUACAAUGACACACCUAUUGUGAGAGCUUCAGGAAGGGAGCUUAGUUAUGUGCUCCUAACAGGGAUUUUUCUCUGUUAUUCAAUCACCUUUUUAAUGAUUGCAGCACCUGAUACAAUCAUAUGCUCCUUCCGGAGGAUUUUCCUAGGACUUGGCAUGUGUUUCAGCUAUGCAGCCCUUCUGACCAAAACAAACCGUAUCCACCGAAUAUUUGAGCAGGGGAAGAAAUCUGUCACAGCACCCAAGUUUAUUAGUCCAGCAUCUCAGUUGGUUAUCACCUUCAGCCUCAUCUCCAUACAGCUCCUUGGAGUGUUUGUGUGGUUUGUUGUAGAUCCCCCCCACACCAUCAUUGACUAUGGAGAACAGCGGACACUAGAUCCAGAGAAUGCAAGGGGAGUACUCAAGUGUGACAUUUCUGAUCUCUCACUUAUUUGUUCACUCGGAUACAGUAUUCUAUUGAUGGUCACUUGUACUGUUUACGCCAUUAAAACAAGAGGUGUUCCAGAGACUUUCAACGAAGCCAAACCUAUUGGAUUUACCAUGUACACCACCUGCAUCAUUUGGUUAGCUUUCAUUCCCAUCUUUUUUGGUACAGCACAGUCAGCAGAAAAGAUGUACAUCCAGACAACAACACUUACUGUCUCCAUGAGUUUAAGUGCUUCGGUGUCUCUGGGGAUGCUCUAUAUGCCCAAGGUUUAUAUUAUAAUUUUUCAUCCAGAGCAGAAUGUUCAAAAACGCAAGAGAAGCUUCAAGGCUGUGGUGACAGCUGCCACCAUGCAAAGCAAACUGAUCCAAAAAGGAAAUGACAGACCAAAUGGCGAAGUGAAAAGUGAGCUCUGUGAGAGUCUUGAAACCAACACUUCUUCUACCAAGACAACAUAUAUCAGCUACAGCAAUCAUUCAAUAUGAACAGGGAAGUGAUGCAAUCUGAAGAAAUGUGAUUUGUGAUCUUAAACAAGGAGCACGACACUGCAAAUACUCACUCCUGGGGAUUUCCAUAGACUACAGUCCAUCAAAUCAAUAGUCAGUCUUGUAAGGAACUAAAUUAGCCAUGAGCCAAAAGUACCAAUAAUGGGGAGUGAAGUAACACAUUUUAUACAUUUCAACCAAUGAGUGUCAAGCUAAAGUAUUGCUUACUCAUGAGCAGUUAAAAAACAAAUCUCAAAAGGAAAACUAAUGUUAGCUUGUGAAAAAAAAUGCUGUUGAAAUAAACCAUGUCUGAUGUUAUUCUUGUAAGUAUUUUUCUGUGAUUGUGAGAACUCCCGUUCCUGUCCCUCACUGUUCAACUUGUGUAAGAAAAUGAGUCUGUUUCUUGUAAUGGCUGACCGGAUUGAAGCCCUGGGUUGUGCUAAAAAUAAAUGCAAUGAUUGACGCAUGCAAUUUUUAUACAAAUAAUUUAUUUCUAAUAAUAAAGGAAUGUUUUGCAAAUG